UUCAGCGAGUGAGUUCUGCACCACAAUUUGGAAGUUUGACGGAUUUAGUUGUUUGUGCUGUUUCAGCAUUGGAGUUCUUUGUGAUCUGUGUCCACAUAUUAACUCAUUGUUAUCAGUGUUUAUCUGAAUGCAAACUGCGUCCCUGAUGGCCGAACAGUCUUGCGGCUCCGUUCGGUCGGGCUUUCACCGGAUCGAGUUGAACAAAACACUUUGGGAAGUUCUUGAAAAGUACACCAGUUUAGUACCCGUUGGUUCAGGGGCAUAUGGACAAGUUGUCUCUGCUAUCAACUUACAGACCAAUGUAAAAUGUGCUAUCAAAAAAUUGGCACGUCCCUUCCAAUCAAAAAUCCAUGCCAAGAGGACAUAUCGAGAAUUGAAACUACUCAAACACAUGAACCAUGAAAAUAUCAUUGGACUGCUGGAUGUUUUUACACCUCAGACCUCCUUGGCAGACUUUGAUGAUGUAUACCUGGUCACUCACCUGAUGGGAGCUGACCUUAACAACAUAAUCAAGACACAGAGACUCAGUGAUGACCAUGUCCAGUUCCUCGUUUACCAGAUCCUCCGCGGACUCAAGUACAUACAUUCAGCAGGAAUCAUUCACAGGGAUCUCAAGCCUAGCAAUAUUGCUGUCAAUGAAGACUGUGAGCUAAAAAUUUUGGAUUUUGGUCUGGCACGUCACACAGAGUCGGAGAUGACUGGAUAUGUCGCCACUCGCUGGUACAGGGCGCCUGAAAUUGUCCUCAACUGGAUGCAUUAUUCUCAAACAGUGGACAUUUGGUCUGUUGGGUGUAUUAUGGCAGAAAUGUUGACCAGUAAGCCACUCUUCCCAGGAACAGAUCAUAUAGACCAGCUUAGCCGUGUGUUGUCCCUGACAGGGACUCCAGAUGAAUGUCUACUUCAAAAAAUCAGCAGUAGGGAGGCAAGGAACUACAUUUCAUCAAUGCCAAAGUGGAGUAAAAAGCCUUUAGAUGAAAUAUUUUUACAUGCAAACAAAAAAGCUCUGAACCUGCUGGAUCAUAUGCUGAACCUGGAUGCUGAUUGUAGGAUCACAGCAGAGCUAGCUUUAGCCCACCCAUACCUCGCCCAGUACGCUGACCCCUCGGACGAACCUGUUGCAGACCAACAGUAUGAUGAUUCAUUUGAAAAUCUGGAUCAUGAUAUACCAGCUUGGAGAGAGCUUGUGUACAAUGAAGUUGUCAGUUUCGUUCCUCAUGAUAACAUGCAACAACAAGUAAUGUCAUAACAUGUGCAUUCAUGGCAAUAGCACAAAACAACCUACACUGGAUGUAUGCAAUAUAACUGAUAAAAUGGUCCGGAAGUGGUUCAUAUGUGGGGGACAUCCUACUGGAGCUUCAUGUCCAAGGGAUCAAAAGACAGCACAGUCUGACUACAAUAAUCUCUUCGACUUUCAGUAUUAAAUGGACUACAGUUAUUACUGAUGAAACAGAUGUCAUAUCUGUAAAUAUUUUAACCUAUCGAAUGACAGAUACCUAAGACUGAAUCACUUAUCUCUAAAUUUAUCAGAACACCUGGUAUCCCAGGUAAAGAAUAAAAGGACAGGCUAUUUUGGUCAGACAUGCUUAUUGGUCAUGUUAUACUGUCAGGUCAGAGACAGUUAUCUUACAAAACUUGAUCAUUUAUCAAUAUUUCAGUGAACAAACAUUUACAUCAGAAUAACUCUACUUCUAGCUGCUAGUCAGAAAGCUAACUAUUGUCAUUGUAUUCAUAUGCCACAAAGAGCAAAAGUAUCAUUCUAAAUUCAUUUAUAAAUCAUAUAAAGCAUUGAUUGUAUGACGACCACACAAAAAAAAAUCCAUGUAAAAACCGUCCCUGUUAAUAUUUGUCUGGUUUUAUUUCAUGCAACAGCCAGGGUCAUGUGUGGAUCAUCAGCAUAACCCAGGCUGGUGCUGGGACGUUAAAUCUCGGGGGAAAAAUUAAAAUGGGUAGUUUUAACCGAAUUCUAUUGUCCAUCAAGUGAUAAGGCUUUUCUUUUCCUCUCUAAGACAGUCAAAAGUUUGUGGUCCCCCUUACAAAGUUUAUUUGAUUUGAUUGAAGUCUAAUUCUGUUAUCAUUUCAUUGAUGACGAUAUUUUUGACAUAUCAUCUCUCUUUAUUUGUUCAUGUCUACAUCUUAUAUGCAUCAGGAAAAUGAUUUGUGUCUAUAUAUAUCUAAAAUAAGGGAUGUUUUGUGAUUAGAACAUAAAGUGUUUUAUAACAGGUAACUCUAGUUUUGUAAGAUUUGUAAGACAUUGUGUAUAUAGGGUUAUGUAUAUAUAGAUAGGUAUCACCUCUAAAUUAACUUAUGGUUCAAUUAGAAAUGAAAAAGUAAAUUGAAAUUUUAAAUCAUGAUAAUUGUUGAGGCAAAUAAAAUUUAUUUUCAUUUAAGGUAAAACUGCUUGUUGUAAACUAAUUGAUUUACUGUGAACCAUUUCAUUCUUAUUACUACGUCAUACAGAUAUGAAGUAUAAAUGGCAAUUUGGUAAACUUUAAACAAAGUUUUUUCUACAGGUUUAAGACAUUACAAUAGAUUUUAAGAGUUUUGCAACAAAACAGCUCUUUAGUUUGCCAUGAGUAUACACUGAGUAAGGUUAUUUACUUUUGUCGUACAGAUCUAUAUCAGAUAUUAAUGUAUUAAAAUGCUUUUUUAAAAAUAUAGCAGAAUCUAUGUUUAAAGUUGCUGUUUGAUUGUUGUAGAAAAUUCUUUAUUCUAUUUCUUGUUAAAGUUUUGUAAAUUUAUUAUGUAAAAAGUUGAUUUUUUUUCAUGUACUUACCUCUUCAA